CGGGCAGGUGACACCCGGCGGCCUCCUCCCCUUUCCAGCCCAGUCGGCGGCCGGGACAGCAGGGGCCGCUGUGAGGAGCUCCGCGCUCGCACUGCCAGCCGCCGCCCUCUCUCCCGCGCGCGCCGGGCGCUUGGGCUCCGCUCCCUGUGCGAACCACCAAUUUUUAAAACUUCAAUCAAGACAGCUUUCUUAUUGCAAAAGAUUUCGAUAAUGAGGAUUCCAGUUCUGGAGGCUGAAGUCCAAGGCCAAGGGGCCACAUCUGGUGAGGGCCUUCUUGCUGGUGGGACUCUCUACAAAGUCCUCAGAUGGUACAAGGCAUCACAUGGUGAGGGGGCUCAUGAAAGUUGGCUAGACUGGCUUUUAUAACAGACUCACUCUCCUGGCAUUUAAACUUCCCUCUUAGAACUGCUUUUGUGGCAUCCCAUAAGUUUUGAACCCAUUAAAAGAGCCAGUAAAUCCAGUGGAAAAUGGCCUUCAGUGAUCUUACAUCGAGGACUGUGCAUCUUUAUGAUAAUUGGAUCAAAGAUGCUGAUCCAAGAGUUGAAGAUUGGCUCCUCAUGUCCUCGCCUCUGCCACAAACCAUCCUUCUAGGAUUCUAUGUCUAUUUUGUCACUUCUCUGGGACCAAAGCUCAUGGAAAAUCGCAAGCCCUUUGAACUCAAGAAAGUGAUGAUAACGUACAAUUUUUUAAUAGUACUCUUUUCUGUGUAUAUGUGUUAUGAGUUUGUGAUGUCUGGCUGGGGUAUAGGUUAUUCAUUUCGAUGUGAAAUUGUUGACUAUUCACAGUCACCCACAGCUUUGAGGAUGGCACGUACCUGCUGGCUUUAUUACUUCUCCAAAUUUGUUGAGCUAUUAGAUACGAUCUUUUUUGUUCUGCGCAAGAAAAAUAACCAAGUGACUUUCCUUCAUGUAUUCCAUCAUACCAUCAUGCCAUGGACCUGGUGGUUUGGAGUCAAAUUUGCUGCAGGUGGUUUGGGAACAUUCCAUGCCCUUCUAAAUACAGCUGUACAUGUAGUCAUGUAUUCCUACUACGGACUCUCUGCACUGGGACCAGCCUACCAGAAGUAUUUGUGGUGGAAAAAAUAUUUGACAUCAUUACAGCUUGUCCAGUUUGUUAUUGUCACCAUCCACAUAAGCCAGUUCUUUUUCAUGGAGGAUUGCAAGUAUCAGUUUCCAGUCUUUGCGUGCAUCAUAAUGAGUUACAGUUGCAUGUUUCUGCUGCUCUUUCUCCAUUUUUGGUACCGUGCUUACACCAAAGGUCAGAGGUUGCCCAAAACUGUGAAAAAUGGAACUUGCAAAUACAAAGAUAACUGAAGCCCAACAUAAGUCUAUGAUCGAAACUGAUACAUUGUCUUCCUUGACAAUCAAGAGAUAUUUGCCUAUGCAGUGCAUUUUGUAUAUUUUUCAAAACUAAGAGCUUGUAUUUUUAUGAUAAGUUAUUGGGAUGUCUGAUAUUUGAGAGCCCGAAGCUUCCAGGUAACAGUCUUCUGAUAAUUAGAGCCUACAGCAGCCAGAAGUUUUUUUUUUUUUUUUUUAGCUGCUUUUAAAGCUAAUCCAAAGGUUUUGUUUAACACAUUUUGUUACAGUGCAAAAAGAUAUGAAGCAAUACAGUACUCUUCAAGGAAGUCCAGUAAAGAUGAAAAAUAUCAUUAGAUAUUUUGAGCACAGACAGAGAUCCAUGUGUUACAAUAGAUUCCUUCUGCCGGGUCUGGAAAGUCUGGAAACCAACCAUAGGCCCUAGCUUUGUCAUUUAUUGGCUGUAUUCAGAAGAUGCUAUGUUUGCUCUAAAGUUAACUCCCAUGUUAGCAAGCUAGCACAGGUGAAAAUUGAGUGAGUUUUUGAUAACUUGUCAUUCAAAAUCAUUAUUGAUAAUUUUCAAUGGAACUUUUGAGUAGCCAUCACCAGUUUUGCUGAUAAGACUUCUUCACAACCCAUUUGUUGUACAAACUGUUUCAGAGUAACCAUACUUUGGUUUAGUAUACUAAUGCACUUGACACCAAGUUUCAUUCAGCUGAUUAUUUUCAAAACAAGGUGAUUUGUUUUAAUGGGUUAAUGAACACUUUGCUAUUACUGUUUUACAAUUAACUUUGUAGAUCUCUGGAAAGAGGUGAAUUUGUCAAUGAAAAAAGUACUGUGUGGUUCAGUGGGAAAAACCUGUUGUCUGUUAUAGUAUCACAUCACUGUCUUACAUUGUCAUGGUUUAAAUUAUUAUCUUGGUUAAAUAUAUACGUUAGAUACUUAAAUGUUCAUAUCAUGAGCACACUACAGGUACUACCCUUAAAUUAUAAAUAAUAUUACCCAUUGUACACAGUUUCCAGAUAUGGUUUAGAGUGGCUGUGAAGCAACUAGAGGCAAAUUGUGGCACAGAAAAUAUCCAGGGGAAAAUUGAUUAUGUAAGCAAGGGCUGUUCUACUUUGAGAGAGAGACAGACAGACUAUAUAAUAGUUAUAGAUUAUAUAAUUAAUGUUAUAGAUAUACUGACCAAUAAAGUAUUUUCUGGAAUUAUGAAUUAAUUAACAACCUGGAUUUCUGUUUCCAGACCUAUAAACCAUGUAAUGAAAGGCUGAAAUUCAUUUGGCAUAGGCUUUGUUUCUUUAAAAUUGCUACUUUCUAAAAUUCUGUUAUUUUUACAUUUUCCUGUUAGAGAAUCAAAACUACUAGUCAGUAGAGUUUUGUCCAAGAAAUAACAAUAUUUGGACAUUUGUGAAUUUUUCCCUAUUUUUUUCUUCUUUUAUUUAUAGUCAAUUUUGAAGGACUGUUUAUGUUUGUAGGACUUUAAACAACUAGUACUUAAAGCCCCAGUGAAUGUUGAACACACAGAGAUACUUAUUGUACAACAAUGCCUAAGUUUUACUCAAUACCAUGGCCUUUUAUGUUUACACUUACCAGAUUCAUAAGGUUAUUUGCCUUUAAGUGAUCUCUUGUGAUUUUACUUGAUUACUGUAUGAGAAGGUAAAGGUUGAUAAAUGGGAGUAAUUAUAUAUAUAACAUUUAUUUUUUUUUUUUUUUCUGAAGCAGAGUUUUACUCUUGUUGACCAGGCUAGAGUGCAGUGGCGCGAUCUUGGCUCACUGCAACCUCGCCUCUCUGGUUCAAGUGAUUCUCCUGCCUCAGCCUCCCAAGUAGCUGGGAUUACAGGCGCCUGCUACCAUGUCCAGCUGACUUUUGUAUUUUUAGUAGAUACAGGGUUGGCCAGGCUGGUCUCGAACUCCUGACCUCAGGUGAUCCUCCCACCUCGCGCUCCCAAAGUGCUGGGAUUACAGGGGUGAGCCACUGCGCCCGGCCAUAAUUUUAUAUUUUUAGAAAAAAAAGAAUAAAGGACAAAAAAGCACAGCUAAAUGAAACUACUGCUCUAAUUUAUUCCACUGGAAAGGUCUCAGGACUCCUUAACUGUUUUCCAGGUUUGGCUCUUCAUAUCUAACCUGUGCUAAAAUGAGAAGGUAUGCUAGGUGCUGUUAUAAAUCACACCAUUUCCAAAGACCCCAAGUAGUAUAGAGACCAAAAUGAGGCAAAAAUAAAAGAGAUGAAACAGGAGAGUGUAUUUCUUGCAUACUUUCCGACCUUCAUCAUACGACCUCUCCUAACCUCCCCGUAGUCUUUAAAAUGUUUAACUUGCCUAUGAGCUAACAUGUAAUAAAGCACGUACUCAAUUAUAUGAAUAGAAGUGGAGAGCCAGAAUGCUACAAAGAAAUCACAGCUGCUAGAAGUAUCCUCCAUAGAAACAUCAACAUGAUUGUGGAUCAAAAUGAUUUUCACUGGAUAUAGAAUUUGUAUGGGCCAUAUUUAUUAAAAGAGUUCUGUUUGGUCACAUAGAGUUCUUUUGGGAUUUCAUCUCACUUUUCAGGACUUAAUUUGUUUGGGUUUGCUUACCUAACCAGCAACAACAACAAAAUAAGCAGUUCCAAAAUCUAGUUUAUUACAUAAAUCUCUAUGAAUCCUUGAGGGCCUAUAUCUAUAUUAUAAAUAAAUACAAAUACAGAUUUUUAAAUAUCUAUAGGACUUUGCCAUUUACAGCCUUAAUUAUAAAAUUAUGAGAUUAUAUUCUCUCCAUUACCCUUUAUUUCUGUUAACUUUUUAAAGACUGGAACAUUCUGUGGAUGUUGUCAAAGUUUGAGUUUGUUUUUCCAUGUACUAUAAUAAAUUUGUGGUAUCGCAUGUA